AAGAGAGGUAUAGAUUGUUGUUUUUUUAUUGGUUUAACGUAAAGUCAUUCUUCACAUACACACUGUUAUUGAUACCGGUAAAACGUGUACAUGACUGUAUAACGAAUAUAAUUUUCAAAUUACUACAUGAACCAGUGCUUUUGAAUUAAUAUACCAGUAACAUAUAAUAAAUUAAUACUUGAUCCUUUAUAUAGUGAGGAUAUUCUACAGUGAAAACAGAUUCCAUACCACAACGAGAGUUAACUUUUCUGUACUGUAAAAACUUGUAUCAAGGAAGUAAACUGGACAGCGUGGAUUUGCCAUGUGUCAACACUAUUAAAUUAACAGACUGAAUUUACUGCAUGGACGUUCAAUGGCUAAUGUUAAAAUUAGUAUAGAUGAAGUGGGACUUAUAUCACAAGUCACAGAAAAUGUUGAAAAGGAUCAAGAAAAAAAGGAUUUCAGAAAGUUUCUGAUUUGUGCACUAGGGAUAUUUGUUUGCCAUUUUAUAUUGGGAAUAUUACAAGAAUCUAUAACAAAAGGCAAAUAUGGCUCAGGAGAUCAUGAAGAAAAGUUCACCUACACUUUGGCUCUGGUUUUUGUACAGUGCAUUAUUAAUGCAAUAUGUGCAAAAUCAGCAAUGGCACUGUUUUCUAAAGACAAAGAUACAACUCCCAUGAAGAUGUUUGCAGCUUGUUCCCUGACUUACCUCGGAGCCAUGUUAGCCAGUAACCAGUCAUUACAAUACAUCUCCUACCCUACUCAGGUACUCGGAAAAUCUGUGAAACCGAUACCAGUGAUGAUACUCGGUAUCUUAUUUGCCGGAAAGCGGUACCCACCGGCGAAAUUCCUGUUUAUAUUGAUGAUCUGUAUAGGUGUGGCGAUGUUUAUGUUUAAAGAUAAGAAGCCAACCGCUAAAGAAGAAACUCAUACCUUUGGGUUUGGAGAAGUUUUAUUGAUGGUGUCACUGACGUUUGAUGGAUUGACUGGGGCUACUCAAGAUAGAAUGAGAUCAAAUCAUAAAACUGGGGCCUACCAUAUGAUGUUGUUUGUAAACUUGUUUUCAAUUCUGUGGCUGGCAUUAGGGUUGGUUUUUACUGGAGAAGGAAUAGCUUUCCUUGGUUUUGUACAAAGAUAUCCAUCUGUGAUGCCUAAAAUGGUAACAUUUGGUAUAGCCAGUGCUAUUGGGCAGGUGUUCAUUUUCAUCACUGUGACAUCAUUUGGUCCACUACCAUGUUCAAUCAUUACAACAACUAGGAAAUUUUUCACCAUAUUAGGAUCUGUUAUACUCUUCUCGAACCCAAUGUACCCUCGGCAGUGGGCUGGAACAGUUCUUGUAUUUAUGGGUCUUGGACUUGAUAGCGCCUAUGGAAAAGAAAAGAAAGAUGCAAAGUUGGAGAGAUAAUGUUUAUUUUUACUUAGGUUUUCAUUUUAUUUGUUUUCAUAGUUAAGUAUUUAUGUAUUUAUAAGUAUUAGAUACUUAUUUUAUGGUGAUAAUUCUUGAUGUUUAACACUCAAAAAAUUUUAGGAUGAACGUUUUUGUCUAUUUUUUCUAGUAUAAAUGCUGGUAUUAUAUCUUUUUGGAGCAUGUGUUGUGAAAC